GUCACUCACCUGUCCAGGAAAUGCCAUGGAAUCCAUUCUGCUAAGCUGUCCAAGAACAGGAACCUGCUGGCAGUUGGAACUGGCCACGGAGAUAUUAUAGUCUAUGAUAUGAGGAGAGAUGUCAUGAAACCUGUCCGAGCUGUUAGGAAUGAAUCAGUGGAGGAUUCUGUCGUGGUGGACAUAUCAUGGAGUGUGACAGGCAGACGACUGGUCACCGUUGACAAAAAGGGGGCAGUCAAAGUCUGGUCCAUGACUCCAGGAGAGCUCUCCAGGACAGGCCUGAAGGCUUUGGAAUUGCAGGCAGAUGCAGAGAUGUUUGUGCCGCCUCCUCUCACUUUGCUGGCCAAACUACAGGCUGAUUCCAGAGACUUCAACUUUACAGCAGGAACAUUGUUUGAAAUGGACAUCCAGAAGGGCCUGCAGGGUCCAGUUUUGGCAGACUUUUACCCAGCGGUCUCUCUCAUGGGAUCUCAGUCUCAAGUGUGCGUUGCCUUGCGCAGUGGUGACAUACUCAAGUGCCACCUGGAGAGUAUGAUAACAGGAGCCGACGCAGAGCUCCAACAUGUGCCAAAUAUUUUACAGGAAAAGAUACCAGUGGAGGAGGAAGGAGAGAAGAGCACCAUAGGUCAGGGUGUCCCCGGGGAGUUGCUCCGCCAGCACAGGAGACCCCUGAUCCACAUGUGCUUCAUAGAGACCAUCAAGAAUAUGGUGACAGUGGACCAGGCAGGAUAUAUCAAUGUCUGGAGAUAUAGCAGGAGGCAGUUCUCCGAGUUCCAUUGGUUCACACCUUACAGGAAGUACAAGAUGAUGCUGUCCAAACGUGAAUAUGUACCUGUGCCAAAUGUAAAGUCUGAAGUUAUUUUCACUGAUAUGCAAACACAGCAUAGAAAAACCAGACAGGAAAUUGCCAGGGAGAGAGAGAAUGCUGAAGAACAAAUAAAGUCUUUAAAUCUUGGAAAUCCCUGGUAUUCAGACAGUUCUGACAAAGAUCGAGUGAAACUAGUCUACCCAGUCAGUAAAGACAUCCUGGAUAGUGAAGCUGGCGGGAUGUUUCAUAUUAUUAUCAAACACACCAAUACCAACCUACUGUCCACGUAUGGGACACGCUGCUAUAAGCCAGUGAUGGUGAAUUGUACCAAGUUGCUGCAUUGUAAGUCCAGUCCUGAUGGCACAUUAAUGGUGUUUGUGUUACUGUUCCCAGCUUUCAAGACUAAAGCCCCACAUUUGACUGUGAUAAGCCUGGAUUUGAUGACCAUGACUGUCCAAGAUGUUCGACUGAACGUUCCUCUGACAGAUGACCAGUACAGGAAGUGCCAAACUGGAGAUGCAAUAACAGACAGACACAAUGUGACUCAAUCUCCGUAUCUGUGCCUCGUUCUGAGUGGUUCUCUCACAGUGUACUCAAUGACCUCGGGGACACCUGUUUUACUUACAGAAGGUGCUGAUUCAAACCUGUCAGACUUCACCGGAUUCAGCCUCCAGUCUAGAUUACUGCAGAAUGUCAGCAGCAAUGCCCAGUUGUUGGUGUCGAUGUGGAAGGAUUAUGCCAGCAUCGUCUUUUACUCCAAGACCCUGGGCACCCUGACCAGACUGUUCCUGAACAGUAACAGUGAUGAGGAGAGAGACAGAGAAGUUCUAGAAGCCUGGAAAAACUGGUAUACAGAAAUCAGUUAUCCGACUGAACAAAUAGGGCCGGUUUUCCCCAACCGCCACGCUUAG